GGAAGUCUGUCCCAGCACUGUCCUGCUCCAGACGCAGUCACCAAUGUCAGGCGUCGGGGAAAUUUUGAAAGCAAUUGGCAAUUUCGGGCCAUUUCAGAAAUGCCUGGUGCUGCUCACCUUGAUCCCCUGCCUCAGCGUGGCCUUCCACCAGUUCUGCCAGCUUUUCAUGGUUGUGGAUGUGCCCUACCACUGUGACACCAGCUGGAUCCUCGCUGUCGGCCCCAACCUGACGCAGGAAGAGCAGCUGAACCUCACCCUGCCCCGGGAUGCGGACGGGCAGUACGAGCAGUGCUCCAUGUACUCCCCGGUGGACUGGGACCUGGACUCCAUCCUGACAUAUGGCCUGAACGCCACGCAGAAGUGCAGCAGUGGCUGGGUGUACCCCUCAGCAGAGCCACCGUCCCUGCUGACCGAGUUUGACCUGGUGUGUGACAGGAAGGACCUGAACGACAUCGCCCAGUCCAUCUACAUGGUGGGGCUGUUCCUGGGAUCCAUGAUCUUUGGGCCGCUGAGUGACAGGAUCGGCCGCCGGCCAGUCAUUCUGAUCUCAGUCUUCCUCCAGGGCUUGUUUGGUCUGGGAAUUGCCUUUGUGCCCCAUUUCUAUGUGUACAUGGCCUUCAGGUGUGUCGUGGGGGCUUCGGUGUCAGGAAUCACCAUGACAUUACUGUCCUUAGCCACAGAGUGGAUUGGUGUCUCCUCCCGGCCUAAGGCAGUGCUUUCCUCUCACUGCUGUUUCGCCAUUGGACAGAUGAUUUUGGCUGGCUUGAGUUACGGGAUUCGCAACUGGAGGCUGCUGGAGAUUGCAGGAUCCGCUCCUAUAUUUGCCUUUUUCUUCUUCAUUGGGGUGCUCCCAGAGUCAGCUCGGUGGCUGGUGACCAAAGGCAGGAUGGAGGAAGCCAAGAAGCUCCUUCAGAAGGCGGCGGCCACCAACAAGCGCAGCCUCCCGGCAGGACUCCUGGAGCAGGUACCU